AUGAAGUCUUCCAGCUCCUUCAUCGCCAGCGCGGCCGGCGCCCUUUUCCUCUCCACCGGCAUUGGUAUCGCCAACGCCGCCUACUCCAUCGCUUCCAACGACGACAUCAAGAACACGGCCAGAGACAUCGCCUACGACUUGAUGAAGUUUUAUGAUGGAAACGAGACCGGCCACACGCCCGGUAUCUUGCCUGGUCCGCCGCCCGCGGGUGAUUACUACUGGUGGGAGGGUGGUGCGCUUUGGGGAACCAUGAUUGACUACUGGCAUCUGACGGGCGAUUCCUCCUACAACGACGUCGUCAUGCAGGCCAUGCUGCAUCAGGUCGGGCCCAACCGCGACUACAUGCCUCCCAACUACACGGCAUCGCUGGGUAACGACGAUCAAGGGUUCUGGGGCAUGUCCGCCAUGACCGCCGCCGAGAAUAACUUUCCCAACCCGCCGACCGACCAGCCCCAGUGGCUCGCCCUCGCCCAAGCCGUCUUCAACACCAUGGCCAGCCCUGACAGACACGAUAACACGUGCGGCGGUGGUUUGCGCUGGCAGAUUCCUCUAUCUAACAACGGAUAUAACUACAAGAACAGUAUUGCAAAUGGCUGCUUCUUCAACAUCGGUGCCAGAUUGGCCCGCUACACCAAAAAUACGACUUACUCGGACUGGGCCGAGAAGACCUGGGACUGGGUUGAAUCUGUCGGAUUCAUCGACGCUGACUACAACAUUUACGACGGUGGCCACGUCGAGCACAACUGCACGGAUAUCAACAAGGCCCAAUUCUCCUACAACAACGGUGUUUACAUGCUCGGAGCCGCCCACAUGUACAACUUUACGGACGGAGACGCCAAGUGGAAGACCCGCCUCGACGGUCUCAUCCAGGGUACCAUGAAUGUGUUUUUCCCCAACAACAUCGCUUUCGAAAUUGCCUGCGAGGAGCACAACACUUGCACCACCGACAUGUUGAGUUUCAAGGGCUACGUCGCCCGCUGGAUGGCCAUUGUCACCCAGAUUGCACCCUACACCGCCGACAAGAUCCUCCCUGUCCUCCAAACUUCAGCAGACGCUGCAGUGAAGCAGUGCACGGGACAAGCCAACCAGCGCACCUGUGGCUUCAAAUGGAGCACGGGUACUUACGAUGGCACGAUUGGCGCCGGCCAGCAGAUGAACGUCCUCGGCGCUGUGUCAUCGCUUCUUAUUGGACAGGCCAAGCCGCCCGUAUCGAACAGCACUGGUGGUACUUCCCAAGGUGACCCGAAUGCCGGCAGCAACUCGAACAACGACCUGGGCGUCCACAACACCCCCAUCACGACGGCAGAUAAGGCCGGCGCCGGCAUCCUGACCUUUUUGGUCCUGGCAUCUGCCGCGGGUACAUUCGGGUGGAUGAGUUUUGGGGCGUAA